AUGAAGCACCCUGAGGCAUUAGGAUUUGUAAGGGAAAUAAAACCAUCAGAGUCUUCUAAAGCAGUAAAAGUUGUUUUACAAGACAACGAUUAUGAUGGUUACGGGAAAAGAAAGAUUCACGUCACACUUCCUCGUUGGGAUGACCUUCCUUUUGAUGUGCUUGAUGUUAUUUCCCGAAAGCUCGAUUUCGCCGACCUCUUUCAAUUUUCUCGUGUCUGCACGAACUGGAGAGUUUUUCAUAAAUCAAUAGAUAAAUCUAAAUUCUUGACAUCCAAAGAACCACUACUCCUCGAGUUUCUGAUUUUUCCUUAUAAGAUGCCAUAUUCCUUUACUAGCCUACCCAAUCAAAAAGUUUAUCCCUUGAAGAAGAUGAUGAUGAACCUGUGGAGUUCUUCCGAUCGCUCCUUCCCUAUCUAUGUUACCUAUUCGAGUGGUUAUUUCGUUAUGAUUGCGGAUAGUUCUUCGUUUCUGCUCAUCAAUCCAUUUACACGAAAAAAGAAGAGUGACUGUAACGGUUUGCAUGUCUAUCGAAAUAAUGGUUGGGUUACAUAUUGCACCGAGGACGAUGACGAUGCCGUUGUUGACUUUGCAGCUUUGAACAAUAUAAUAUAUGUUGUUACCGACGAGCCCAAGAUAGGGGUACUCCGUUUGGAUUCACCAAAAAUUGAAUAUUUCCGAAUGAACAAUUCUCCUGGCUUAGAUUCUAACUUAUCAUUCUUUAACUUGGUUAAAUGUGAUGAAGAACUUUUACUGGUUCGAUUAAAUCCAAGCCUCCAUCCUCUGAUUAUGCGUGGUGACCCUCCGCCAGAGAGAAAAGCUUACAAGAUAGACUUGUCAACCAUGACUUAUGUAGAACUCGAAACUUUGGGGGACAUUGCGUUAUUUUAUGUUGCCUUUAGAAGCUGUAAGGCAUUGAUUAACCCGAACAAAUGGGGCUAUGAGAGCAACUCUGUGUAUAAAGUCUAUAAUUCUGUCCGUAUCAAAAAUCCCAAUUGUACGGUUUAUGAUUGGGAUAAAAAAUCGGAGAAAUGCAUUGUGCCUCCGAAUCCUAGAAAAGUGGGCAGUGUCUUUGGUUGGUGUUUUAUACAUCCUGAAAUAUGA